CUCAGGUAUAUAAAGGUCAACAGGGCGAUCACUGCCACAGUUCACUAUCGACUGUUCUCUGACACAGACACUCCUAAGAGGGCUCCCAGACACAUUUAGUAGUCACAAUGCGCUGCACGGGCGUGAUUUUCUUGGCACUGGUGAGCUUCUGCUGCGCCUGGCCACCACACAAGACUCCUUUCAAACAUCCCGCCAUUCCUCAAGGACACUCUGCGUCCUUCCACUCCAGCUCCUCGUCUUCGAGUUCCGCCUCCUCCUCAAAUAACAAAGAGUCCUCAUCUAACUUCGCCUCGUCUGCGUCAGGAACGUUUUCCAAUUCUUCGUCUGCCAGCAGUGCUUCCUCUUCUGCCUCAGAUAGCUCAGCAUCCUCCUCAUCCUCCUCGUUCGUUACAGGAGCUGGAGCAGGUCAUACGUUCAAAGGUCUGGGUGCACCUGCAGUUGUCUUCCCUGUGGCCCAUGGAACUGCCCUUGGCUCCACCAGCCAAGGUGGUAGUCUAGAUGCUACUGCAGGAUUCGCAGCCGGUAGCCAUAGCUCUGCUUCUGGAGAUCAGGGAUCUACCACUGGCUUUGGAUCAGGUACUCACGGUGCUGGAAGCCAAGGUUCUGGAUCUACCACUGGCUUUGGAUCAGGUACUCACGGUGCUGGAAGCCAAGGAUCUGGAUCUGCCACUGGCUUUGGAUCAGGUACUCAUGGUGCUGGAAGCCAAGGUUCUGGAUCUGCCACUGGCUUUGGAUCAGGUACUCAUGGUGCUGGAAGCCAAGGAUCUGGAUCUGCCACUGGCUUUGGAUCAGGUACUCACGGUGCUGGAAGCCAAGGAUCUGGAUCUGCCACUGCCUUUGGAUCAGGUACUCAUGGUGCUGGAAGCCAAGGUUCUGGAUCUACCACUGGCUUUGGAUCAGGUACUCACGGUGCUGGAAGCCAAGGUUCUGGAUCUACCACUGGCUUUGGAUCAGGUACUCACGGUGCUGGAAGCCAAGGAUCUGGAUCUGCCACUGGCUUUGGAUCAGGUACUCAUGGUGCUGGAAGCCAAGGUUCUGGAUCUACCACUGGCUUUGGAUCAGGUACUCACAGUGCUGGAAGCCAAGGUUCUGGAUCUACCACUGGCUUUGGAUCAGGUACUCACGGUGCUGGAAGCCAAGGUUCUGGAUCUACCACUGGCUUUGGAUCAGGUACUCACGGUGCUGGAAGCCAAGGAUCUGGAUCUGCCACUGGCUUUGGAUCAGGUACUCAUGGUGCUGGAAGCCAAGGUUCUGGAUCUGCCACUGGCUUUGGAUCAACGACACACGGUUCUAGAAGUCAAGGUUCUGGAUCUACCACUGGCUUUGGAUCAGGUACUCACAGUGCUGGAAGCCAAGGUUCUGGAUCUACCACUGGCUUUGGAUCAGGUACUCAUGGUGCUGAAAGCCAAGGUUCUGGAUCUACCACUGGCUUUGGAUCAGGUACUCAUGGUGCUGAAAGCCAAGGUUCUGGAUCUACCACUGGCUUUGGAUCAGGUACUCAUGGUGCUGAAAGCCAAGGUUCUGGAUCUGCAACUGGCUUUGGAUCAGGUACUCAUGGUGCUGGAAGCCAAGGUUCUGGAUCUACCACUGCCUUUGGAUCAGGUACUCAUGGUGCUGGAAGCCAAGGUUCUGGAUCUACCACUGCCUUUGGAUCAGGUACUCACAGUGCUGGAAGCCAAGGUUCUGGAUCUACCACUGGCUUUGGAUCAGGUACUCAUGGUGCUGGAAGCCAAGGUUCUGGAUCUACCACUGGCUUUGGAUCAGGUACUCACAGUGCUGGAAGCCAAGGUUCUGGAUCUGCCACUGGCUUUGGAUCAGGUGCUCAAGGUGCUGGAAGCCAAGGUUCUGGAUCUACCACUGGCUUUGGGUUAGGUACUCAUGGUGCUGGAAGCCAAGGUUCUGGAUCUACCACUGGCUUUGGAUCAGGUACUCACAGUGCUGGAAGCCAAGGUUCUGGAUCUGCCACUGGCUUUGGAUCAGGUGCUCAAGGUGCUGGAAGCCAAGGUUCUGGAUCUACCACUGGCUUUGGGUUAGGUACUCAUGGUGCUGGAAGCCAAGGUUCUGGAUCUACCACUGGCUUUGGAUCAGGUACUCAUGAAGCUGAGGGCCAAGGAUUUGGUGCUGGCUUUGGAUCCGCCACCCACGGUAGCCAUGGAUCUGGUUCCUUUUCCGGAUCAUCGUUUGGAAGUCCAGGUGUUAUCAGAAAGACGUCUUACGGCACCGCCACUCAUUACAUCUUACCAACAGUGAGCCACCAGUCUUCUGCAUCAGGCUCAGGCAUCAGGGAAUACGCUAUCAAAAUCACUGGCACAGUUCACGCUGGUUCCUGCCCUGAUGUCGCUGAUGAGUGCUCCCAAACCAAAUCGAGAACAACCAUCAAAAAAUGCUCCAACGACGCCUCCUGUUCCAGCAGUGAAAAGUGUUGCUUCGACACUUGCCAGUCUCACCACUGGGUCUGCAAACAAGCAAUCACCCAGUCUUUGAAGUGGUGAUCACCACCCUGUGAUGCAGUGUUUGAUGUGCCCAAACAAUUAUAUACAAUGCAGUUCCUUGAGGAUGCUUCUGAACGCUUAUUAUCUCAUUUAUAAGCUUAACACAUUAUCUUCAUAAUGCCAUACGUGACGUCAUAUUGUUUCGCUCAUAACCCGUGCGGUACUUUUUUUGUGUUCAUGUACUGUAUUCAAUAAAGACAUAUCUUAUACUUCUUA